UCUCUGACCUCAGUUUGUCAGUGGUAUUUUUUCCURGGGACACAGCGGUUUGCGGCGCCAUAUUGAAAGACACAAAUUAUUUUCAUAAACGKCUAAAAUAUCAAAUUUUCCAAGAUGCUGUACCUAGAGGAUUACCUCGAGAUGAUCGAGCAGCUACCCAUGGAUCUCCGCGACAGGUUUACGGAAAUGAGAGAGAUGGACCUGCAAGUUCAGAAUGCCAUGGACCAGUUGGAGCAGAGGGUGAAUGAGUUCUUUGUCAAUGCAAAGAAGAACAAGCCAGAGUGGAGGGAAGAGCAGAUGGGAGUCAUCAAAAAGGAUUAUUAUAAGGCAUUGGAGGAUGCAGAUGAAAAAGUACAGCUGGCCAAUCAGAUUUAUGAUCUGGUGGACCGCCACCUGAGGAAACUGGACCAGGAGCUGGCUAAGUUCAAGAUGGAGCUGGAGGCUGACAACGCUGGCAUCACUGAGAUCCUGGAGAGACGAUCCCUAGAGAUGGACAGCCCCUCUCAGCCCGUCAACAACCACCACGUCCACUCACACACCACCGUGGAAAAGAGGAAGUACACCACGCAGCCGAGCCACCACACUACAGAGCACGUCCCGGAGAAGAAGUUCAAAUCUGAAGCCCUGCUCUCCACACUCACGUCAGACGCCUCCAAGGAGAACACACCUGGCUGUCGCACCAACAGCACGACGUCAYCCUCUAACAACGUGUACAGUGUGAACUCAUCCCAGCCCCUGGCCUCCUACAACCUCAGCUCUCUGCCUGCUGGGCCCGGGGCUGGGGCAGGGGCCAUCACCAUGGCUGCAGCGCAGGCUGUACAGGCCACCGCACAGAUGAAGGAGGGCAGGAGGACUAGCAGUCUGAAGGCCAGCUACGAGGCCAUUAAGAACAAUGACUUCCAGCUAGGGAGGGAGUUUUCCCUGACCUCCCGGGAUACCACGGGGGUCUACUCCACCUCCGCCCUGGCCAACACCCUCACCCAGACCCUCACCCCAGCCGGCUCAGCAGUCGCCGCCGACUCCCGCGGCGGACGCAAGACCAAAGGCAACACCAAGUCUUCCAACCACCAGUCGUCGUCCUCCUCGUCUUCUUCGUCCCUGUCGUCGUGCUCCUCUUCUUCAGCCCUGGCCCAGGAGCUGUCGCAGCAGGCCUCGGCCCUCCCAGAGUCUGAGACCAACAGCCAGGUGGACUGGACCUACGACCCCAACGAGCCCCGCUACUGCAUCUGCAACCAGGUGUCUUAUGGAGAAAUGGUGGGCUGUGAUAAUCAAGARGUAAGUACCCAUUUCCAUUUGGGAGUGCAUUUCUCAUUUUCUAGAACUGUUACCACAUUACUUUCACAUAGGACUUUGUCAAAUGAGAGWUGAGGUAUGAYAGCUAACCUGAGUGCCCUGUGUGUGUUUGUGCAGUGCCCCAUCGAGUGGUUCCACUACGGCUGCGUGGGCCUAACAGAAGCCCCSAAGGGGAAGUGGUARUGCCCCCAGUGUACUGCCGCCAUGAAGAGGAGAGGCAGCAGGCACAAAUAGACACCCCACCUCUACUACCCCACUCCUCAUCCAGGACCACCCCACACCCCUACCCCGCCAAACCAACUGUCAAUGCUAUAUCAACUGUAGUUCCUCCCAAACAAGUGUGUGUACCUGUUGUGGCCACACACAGUAUUCUUAUUAACCUGUCUGUCUGUGUGACCUCUCAGGGGUCAAAACAGUGGGGUCAAAGGUUGUUAUUGAAGGGUCAGUCCUGUGUGAAUAUUUGGAUGAGAUACCUGACUGGAAAAUCAAGACAAGGAGCCAAGACUUCCUGAAACUGCACCUUCUGGUUGGGUGUUCAUUGCCCACCCCCCCCCCCCCCCCCCCCCUUUUCCAGAAUUUUGAGCCUUGGCGCACCUCUUCUCUUCCCCGUUCAUCAGACAUUCCUUGCCUUUCCCCUUGUUACAGGAAGGGCUGCCACCCCCUGGCUUCCACGCACGGCUGCAACAAGAAGUGCUCAUUAUAGUAAAAUGCUCACAGGGGUAAUGACACAGACUGGGAAAUGUAGUCCAUGGGUGUUUAUUGGACUACAAAKCCCAACCUCUAGAAGUUUUGAUCUUAAUUCUAAAACGAAUUGAUGAAACACAACUAAGACUUAAAAGAUGAGGAUGAAGAUUGGGACAGUGGUCAUUUCAGGUAACGUAUGGAUGAAUAUGACUGAACCUCCACCAUUGAGUCCUGUAAAGCUGAAGAGUUCAGAAUGUACAGUGUAAGAUCAGUCGUAACUGAAGCGUGUAUGUCUGUGAGUGUAAGUGUUUCUGUAUGUGCGUGUGUGUGUGUCACUAGUCAUUCUGUACUGAGAUGGUGUGUAAAAGUUUCCAGAGAUGUAGAAAAAAAAUCAAAUAAAGUGAUCCAAGUUCUUUUGGUAUUUCACGUG